CACUCCGUCAUGGCAGCAGUGGCCUUUCUCAGCAGGAUAAUGCUGAAACUGGUUUGAGGAACAUGAUAAAGAGUUCAAGGUGUUGCCUUCAAAUUCCCCAGAUCUCAGUUCAAUCAAGCAUCUGUGGGAUGUGCUGGAAACACGUGUCCAAUCCACGGAGGUCCCACCUCGCAAACGUACAGGAUUUAAAGGAUCUGAUGUUAAUGUCUCGGUGCCUGAUACCACAGGACAUGUUGAGAGGUCUGUGGAGUCCAUGUCUCACCAGGUCAGAGCUGAUUUAGUGGCCUGAGGGGGACCUACACAGUAUUAGGCAGGUGGCUUUAAUGUUGUGGCUGAUCAGUGUAUAUUUUCUGGGCUAUUGUUGUGUAUUAUGUUAUACUGUGUAUGUGAAGACUGAACUGGACAGAGUGAGAGUAAAUUCUACAGAUUGAUGCUCUUAUUUCUAGAUCUUUUGAUUCCUACUUUAUCUUUUACAGUAUAGACUCUACACAGAUCUGUACCCUCAGUGACAAAAGUCAGUUCUGUUUUACAGCUUAACACAGUAUAAAGCCAUGCAACAGUGUUAUGGGACCAAGCUGCACAUGGACCAGGCUCAUUACCAUUAACUUUGCUUACAGUGUCAAAACGCCUCCUUUCUCCAAAAGAUCUGUUUGCCCCAGCAAAAUCACGCUCACACUUCACUGACUUCAAAUGGAGUGGUAUUCACUGUGUGUGCCCGUGUCUGUGUGUGUGUGUGUGUGUGGAGGGAGGGAGGGAGGUGGGGGUAGGUGGGGUGUGUUUCUGAAUAGCAGCAAAUGUCCUGGAUGCUUCACUCUGUUUUGUUUUUGUAACUUUGGCAGCGAACCAGUCGGCAGACAGCAGCGAGCGUCAACCUCAUCCAGAAGCUUGGGGACUUUUCUUGCACUUUGGAGCAGUUUCCAGCCAAAGACAAAUGCAGCAGGUCAGACCAUCUAUAUGUGGUUCUGAGUGAGGCGGCUGGGGCUGAGACAGACUGAGCAAAGGGGUGUAGAUGUAGGGAGAGAACCAGCACAGGACUCAGAGGCUACUUUUACAAGUUUUAUCCCGCUCUUAUUUUCUUUCUUUUUUUUAAUUGAGGUUAUAUUUUACACCACUGAAGAUUGAAAUGUCUCUCAUCCUGACUGUGCUGGACAAGCUGGCUUACUUUCUGUCUCUCAUAGCGUUUUGCGUCAGUGUGUCGUACAGCUGGCUGAAAUGAAACUAGAUUAUUCUUCUAUAUCCACGAGGUCUGACAAUGACUGGGUGCUUUUUCAGUCGAUAUUUAACAAGUGAUUCUGAGUUUGGGGUUUGAGUUAGGAUGGUUUUACUGAAAACCUGUGCACCCCUGACACCGAAGCGUGAGUUUCUGAGUCUUUGCUUUACUUUAACAUGUCUGGGAUUUGUCUGCAACUUAUCCAGCUGAGGGUACACUGACAUGAGACGUAGCCUUGCAGCUGUUUUGACAGUGUUCGGAUUCCUACAUGUUGCUGUUAAUGAUGCAAGAUGUGUGUUCAAUUCCGUCUCAUUAACUUCUCUGCAGGUGUAACUGAAGACAGUGAGCUCCAAACCAACGAUCAUGAUGCUGCAGCAGUGCAUCCUGAGGACAUACUAUGUGCUUGCGCUGGUGCUGUGCAUUUCAGCCAGUGAGGACUUUGCCUGGACAAAGAAUGAGAAGACAUCUUUCUUCUACGGCACCUUCCCAACUGGUUUCUCCUGGGGAGCUGGAAGUUCUGCCUAUCAGACCGAAGGAGCCUGGAACACAGACGGCAAAGGAAUGAGCAUCUGGGACGCAUUCGCACACAAGAAGGGGAAAAUAUUCUUAAAUGACACCGGAGACUCGUCGUGUGAGGGGUACUUCAAAUUCAAGGACGACAUUACAUUGAUGAAGGACAUGAAGCUGAAUCAUUAUCGUUUCUCCAUCUCCUGGCCGAGGAUCUUACCAAGUGGACUGAAAAAUGAACACAUCAAUGAGAAAGGAAUCAAAUAUUACGAUGACCUGAUUAACAUGCUGCUGGAGAAUAAGAUCACACCCAUUGUUACUCUGUACCACUGGGAUUUACCGCAGGUCUUACAGGAGAAAUACGGCGGCUGGCAGAACGUCAGCAUGGUGAACCACUUCAACGACUUCGCCAACUUAUGCUUUGAGAGAUUUGGAAACAGGGUGAAGUACUGGAUCACCUUCAACAACCCGUGGUCAGUCGCUGUGGAGGGAUAUGAAACAGGGGAACAUGCUCCUGGGCUGAAGCUGAAGGGAACAGGAGCGUACAAAGCUGCUCACCACAUCAUCAAAGCACAUGCUAAGGUUUGGCACACGUAUGACAUGCAGUGGCGAAGCAAACAAAAAGGCCUGGUUGGGAUCUCGCUAACGGCCGACUGGGGUGAACCAGUGGACAUCACCAACCAGAGGGACAUCGAAGCAGCAGAGAGAUACAUCCAGUUCUACAUGGGCUGGUUUGCCACUCCCCUCUUCAACGGAGACUACCCCCAGGUUAUGAAAGAUUACAUCGGCAGGAAGAGUGGCCAGCAGGGCCUGGGAGCUUCACGGCUGCCCGUCUUCUCGCCUCAGGAGAAGAGUUACAUCAAGGGAACCUGUGACUUUCUGGGCCUCGGCCAUUUCACGACCCGCUACAUCACCCAGAAGAAUUACCCAUCAGGCCUUGGAGACAGCUACUUCACAGAUCGUGACCUUGCUGAGCUGGUUGACCCUCAGUGGCCUGAUCCUGGCUCUGAAUGGCUCUACUCUGUCCCCUGGGGCUUCCGACGAUUGUUGAACUUUGUCAAGACUCAGUAUGCAAACCCCAUGAUCUACGUGACAGAAAACGGCGUGUCAGAGAAAAUGCUCUGCACUGACCUCUGUGAUGACUGGAGAAUGCAGUACUUCAAAGACUACAUCAACGAAUUGCUCAAAGCGAUUAAGGACGGGGUGAAUGUGAAGGGCUACACAGCCUGGUCUCUUCUCGACAACUUUGAGUGGGACGAAGGAUACUCUGAGAGGUUCGGGCUCUACUAUGUGGACUUCAGGAACAAGAACAAACCACGCUACCCGAAGGCCUCUGUCCAGUACUACAAACGCAUCAUCAGCUCCAAUGGCUUUCCCAAUCAGAGAGAGGUGGAGAGCUGGAAGAGGAAAGCUGUGGAGACUUGCUCUUCUAGUAACCAGCUCCUGGCUGCAGAUCCGUUGAUAGGCCACAUGGAGAUGGUCACAGAGAUCGUGGUUCCCACCGUGUGCACACUCUGCAUCCUCCUCAGCGCAGUCUUCCUCAUGUUCCUGCUGCGUGGACGCCUCUGAGAAAAAACAAAACAAAACAAAACAAAACACAUCACCUGUUUUUACCAAACCAGACGUCAGUUGCCUUGAAGCUGAAGAUAUGAACCUGAGAGUGACUCCGCUGCUGUAAAACUUCAUCCUGUCGAGAGCAUUUUUGUUGAUUUAACUGUUCUGACUCUUUUGCAGGUUGUUAUCAUAAAGUCAAAACAGACAGAAAAUGUUGUGACUCUGGGAGAAUUAAAUCAAGCUUGGUACUGGAUUAUUAUUAUUAUUAUUUUUUAAUCAAACUGGUCUUGUGUGGUUUUUGAUGUAGCUAAGUUUUAUAGGUUACUCAGGCUAACUGCAGAGAGGAGUUGGUUUCCUGUCAUCAAGUUGUAAAAUAAAGAAAUAAAGAAUGAUGGAGAUAAAGUGAUAAACUUCAAUUAAAUACAUUUUUAAGAGUAGGAUGGUGAUGAUGAGUCAUUAUUGUGUGAGUUAUGUUUGUUCUUAUGCAUUUUCUAAGCUGUUUAAAAUGAAUUUAUUGACGUGAAUCAAACAUAAAUUCACAGAAACAGGUUUUCCAUAACAGUGUUUUAUCCUUCAAAUGCUGACACAGUGACAAAUCUUAACACAUCUGCAUAAUUUGCCUAUAUUUUUAAUUAUAUUUUAUGUAUUUUCAUUUGACCAUAUUUUCUGUAACUGUUCUCUCCCUACAGAACGGACAUAAUUCUGGUGGAAACAAAAAUUUCUAAAGGAUUUGACGUACAGAGUCAACCUUAAAAAGCAACCAUGCAUGAUUUAUGUGAAAUUGCUAAAGGCAAACUCUAGAUUCCCACAGAUAACCUUGGUCUUGAUCCUGGCAUAAAGGCCCAGAAACCCUGUUGGAAGCACUGCAACCAUCCAAAUGAAGGAUGUGUUUUAUCUCUGUGUGGUUUAACUUGUGAGCUCUUUUACAUUUUGUGGGUUGUUUUAAAUGGUUUAAAUGGCUGUUUUUUUUUUUUUUUUUUUUUUUUUUUAAUCAAACGA